AUGGGAUUACAACAAAAGCUCAUUGCUUUCCUCUUUCAAGCAAGUCUUGUUUUCAUCUUGUUUCCUCUUAUCAGCUCAUCCCAACAGCACAAGGAAAUUAUAGGCACUCAUUCAAGAAAAGAAGAUAACCAUAUUAAGAUGAAUCCUAGACUUCAGUUCGAAAUUACAUUACAUGGUUUUCUCCUGUGGGCUUCCAUGGGGUUCUUGAUGCCAAUUGGUAUACUUGCAAUUAGGCUGUCAAACAGAGAGGACAAUCCAAGAAGGCUUAGAAUUGUAUUCUAUGUUCAUGCAAUUUUGCAGAUGCUUGCUGUACUUCUUGCCACAGCAGGAGCAAUUAUGUCCAUAAAAAAUUUCAACAAUCUCUUCAACAAUAAUCAUCAAAGAUUGGGGGUGGCAUUAUAUGGUAUUAUCUGGCUGCAAGUCCUAGUUGGUCUUUUCAGACCACAAAGGGGAUCGAAAAGAAGAAGUGUGUGGUUCUUUGCACACUGGAUACUUGGCAUUGCGGUCUCAUUCCUUGGAGUCCUGAAUGUAUAUAUUGGUUUAGGAGCCUACCAAGAAAAAACAUCAAAAGGAAUAAAAAUAUGGAAUAUACUUUUCACUAUUCAGAUAUCUUUGAUUGUGUUUUUCUACCUUUUUCAAGAAAAAUGGGUCUACAUACAAAACCAAGGAGUGAUUUUGGAAAAUGAACUCCUAACUCCCACUUGUCAAGAAAGUGGUUCAAAUGACAAGAAGGUAUUGAAGGAAGACACUUGUUGAGGAAGAUGAACCAAUGCCUUACCAUAAUUGACCUUUACUUCUACAUAGGA